AUGCCGAUUUUAUCAAAAGUGAUUUUGAAACUGAACUCCCCUCUUGAAGUAUAUUUUCACACUAUCACUUAUAUUAAACUUGAAAGUGCUUUCACAACUUUUGUAUUCGAAAACGAGGAAUCACUGCCAAUCCAACUCAACUUUGUAGAUGUUUUCUUAGAAGAUUUGGAGAUGCUGUUGAAGCACCAAACACCAUAUCUGUCAUAUUUUCAUGUAAGGUGCUCGCGAGGAACUGUCGAAGAUUGCGCCAAGAUUUGUGAACGGCUCGAAAUGAUUUUAAAAUCGAGAACAUUAAGAGUCAAAGGAGUUCACUUCAUUGGAACUAGUGUUGCUCAAGCAAUAUCGCUCGUAACGUAUUUUGAUCAAAGCGCGCCGUUUACAGUACGGUUGAUCCAUGUUGUGGAUCCAGAAAACUUCGAUAGUUCUUGGAAUGGGUUGAGUGAAGUGAAAAUUGAGGACGACGGUCAAAGUAUCACUUUUGAAGUUGCUGAUCCAACAUUCCAAUCAAUAAAUCUCAAAAAAGGCAAAAAUCCGAGUGAGAUCGUAGCACGAUAUGUGUUAGAAAAUCGGUUAUCGAUGGGACUUAUUUUGAGACACUUGCAAUGCUUUGACAUCGAGAGUCUUCGAAAAGUCAAUCGUGGAAUCCGAAAGUGUGUUGAUCUCAUAAAACCAAAUCCCCAUAUAGAAACGUAUUCCAUCUGUUUCUAUCAGAGAGCUAUCAUAGAUAAUUGUCGUCUUCGCAUCUAUAAUAAGUUGGAAAAUGGGGAAUUCAAAGCUUUCGAAUAUUUUAAGAAUGGAAAUCAAGUGUAUUUGUAUGGUGAAAACUCAUUCCAUGGAGAAGAACGUAUUAUCUCCUUUUCUGGAACUGACGACAAAUCCAUAUGUCUUAAUGAUAUCGAAAAGACUCUCAGCAAGCAAAUUGAGUGCAUAAAGGAAUUAAUUAUAUUCUACAAGUGUACAAGACAUUUAUCCGAAAACUUCGAUAUUCUUCUCGAUGAAUGGGGUACUGCGGAUUUAUCCAGAAAAAUUGGAGACACUUUUAAACGAAGAGAGACGCCACUCAAAGCGAAAAAAUUCUCAAUGGGAUCUAGCAGUCAGAUGGAAAUUAUUGAAAUUCUUUCGGCUAUUGACCCACAUUCCCUGAAAACGAUUGAAUUAUUGUAUCCGUCAGAACAACACGAUGCAAUUAAGAAUUUUUAUUACAAUGUUAUUGAAUGGCCGUUUCAAAUUGAUCAAUUAUCAAAAAUAGUUCAGUGGAAGAAUGCGGAACGUUUGAUUUCCAAGCACUUGAUUAUUACAACGACAAUCACAGAAAUGAAUAUUUUGAAUUUUGUUUAUUUGAAUAUCCUAGUGAAGACACUUUCCUCUGAAGAUGUAUUUUAUCUGAAAACAAAUCUUCUCCAUUCUUCGAAGUUUCAAAAGUUGAAAAUAUCGUUCCAGGAGUCGACAAUCGACGAAUCUUUACAUACGCUGAUUGGAGAACCCUACCGUAACUUUUCAAAUGUGAAAAGCAUUUGGUACUUUCGAAUUGAAAACACCAAUUAUUAUAUUCACAUUGUUUUGGAUACGCGAAAAAAAGGAGUAGGAACACCUAAAUUGAUUACUCUCACACGAGUUGCGAAAGAAGACACUCCAUUUUUUGAAUUACCGAUGAAUCAAUUAGUGAUUAAUUAG